AUUUAUUACGCAGGCACAGAUCUCCGAAAAAUAUUUCCAACUCCGCACCGACCCUGCCCUUGUUCGCGCUCCCUUGGACAUUCAGCCCGAUAUACGUGCCAUUGAAGCUUCAAAUUAGCGGAAUAAGACGUCUAUAGUAUAUGCAGUGGGUAAGGUGAAGAAUUACUCGAAGCCGUGCUUUGUGAUUCCCCUACGUCUCGUACGCCGGGGUACGAUUGAGUCGCGACGGUCGGGCCGGCUAUAUAUCGGUUACUGUGACGAUGAAGGAUUCGCGGGCUAGCAAGAGGAGGAGGGUGUCUGAUGCGCUGAGUGUAGAUGAGGACGGUGAUGUUGCGAUGGGCGACGACGUCCGGGAGGCGGUCGCCGCAUCGCCCACCCCGCAGAGACCAGCUCAGGCGAAGGAGUCUUCAGAUGACGAAGGCCAAAGGUCCCCGACUAUGCCUAGGUCUGCGCGUCGCCGAUUGUCAAAAGCGGGUCAGAAAGUUGCUAUAGACCGGCUGGAAAAGGAGAAAGAGAACGGGACAGAGACAGAGACGCCCUCAAGGCCUAGUCUACGGUCAAGUGGACGGCAGCGCAAACCGCCUCAGCGGUAUGAGGAUGAAGUUGCUGGUACGCCUGCAUUGACAAGGAGGACUACCGCAUCGGCUGGUCGGAAUGGGGCCACUCCGAGGAGUACGCGGAGGGCAAGACAUGCGUCGGAAGAGGCCAGCGAGGCAGAGUCGCCGCAGUCGGAACCGCAGACUAAAAGGCUAACGAGGACGAGGUCCAGGAGAGCCCCUGUGAGAUUUACUGGUGUUGAGACAAAUACGAGUGGCAAUGCGGCCGAGGGGGAAAUUGGGAUGCAGCAGUCUCUUUCCCCGGAUGAAUACCAGGAUGGGUUGGACGAUCUUGUUUCAAUGCAAUUAGAACAAGAUCUCACCCAGACCGAUUUGACUGCCAAGGACGAGACUGUAGUCGAGGGCGAAACGCUCCCGGAUUACGCUGAAUCAUUACAAACACUGUCUUACAAUGGCUUGACCGCUGAAUUGCAAACGCUGACUAGGAUCAUCCUUGAGAAACUUACUAGCAAGAGAUGUGUUCCUUUGAAAGGCCUGGAGAGUGAGUAUGACAAAGUUCAUCAGCUUGUGGAGCAAACUGUCAGCGUGGGAGAGGGCAAUUCGAUGUUGCUUCUCGGAUCACGAGGAUCCGGAAAGACCGCCAUAGUCGAGACAAUCAUCUCGUCGCUUAAAAAAGAACACCGCAAUGAUUUCCAUGUCGUCCGCCUCAACGGGUUCUUGCAUACAGAUGAUCGAUUGGCACUUCGUGAGAUGUGGCGUCAGCUUGGUCGUGAAACCAAUACUGAAGAGGAGGCCGGAAAAGUAAGCAGCUACGCGGACACGAUGGCCACUCUUCUCGCUCUUUUGUCGCAUCCGGAAGAGCUUUUUGGUGCUUCUAAUAAUACAGACACUGUAACUGCAGCCAAAUCCGUUAUUAUCAUUCUGGAGGAGUUCGACCUCUUUGUUUCUCACCCACGUCAGACCCUCCUGUACAAUCUGUUCGAUAUCGCACAAGCACGGAAAGCUCCCGUUGCAGUUCUGGGCCUGACUACGAAGGUGGACGUGACCGAGAUGUUGGAAAAGCGAGUAAAGAGUCGGUUCAGCCAUCGCUACGUCUAUGUUCCACUUCCUAGAUCGCUAGAGACCUUUUCCGAUAUCUGCUUAGCGGGACUGAACCUGGAAGAUAGCGAGGUCUCGGAUCUCCUGGAAGAGGCGGCCAAUGCGGAUGAUCAUUCUCUUAUCAACUCCGAAGGGUUUGGCAGACUCUUAGAAGGAUGGAGAAUGUAUUUGCAGGGCCUGUGGAAUGACGAGGCGUUCCAAACGCAUUUACGGAGGAUAUUCUUCCAAACUAGGUCGGUGAAGGAAUUCUUUACGAGUGCCUUGAUUGGCAUUAUGGAACUGCAUUACAGCUCCUGUGACCCCAUAGGCGGAGCUGCCACGCUCCAGAUCCCAACACCGGCCAGUUUUAGCAGCCAAAGCCUAUCCUGUCCCGAUCCUGCACUUCUCCCGUUCUCCACAUCAACGAUGACCUCAGCCAGUCCAUCAUCGCUGCCCCUAUCUCUGUUGCUGGCCGCAACCCGGCUGGCUGCGUUAUAUGACCCGGGCCUAGAAGCUACACAGCCUCAGAAUCUAGCCCCUCUUGCGCUCUCGUUCCCCGCUGCAUAUGCCGAGUAUGUCCGGCUUUUGACGUUCGCUAAAACGUCCGCUUCCGUAUCUGGAGCAGCCGCAACCCCUGGACGAGUCUGGGGUCGGGAUGUCGCACGUGAAGCAUGGGAGAAGCUGAUCAGUUGGGGAUUAAUUAGUCCAGUUGGCGGUGGUACUGGCACUGCAGAUGGUCGGAUGUUCCGGGUAGAGAUUAGCUUCGAAGAGGUAGUUGACAUGGCUGGAUCAGGUGGUUCCCUGGGGAAAUGGUGGCGGGAUGGCUAAGGAUUAGGAUAUGUGCG